GGCGGCGCAGCAGCAGCAGGGGCCGCAGCAGCAGCCCCAAAUGCUGAAUCCCAGCUGCCUCCUGAGGAGCUUCUCUUCUCCCCCAGCUCGCCGCUGCGCUGCGUCAAAGUCCAUUUCCCCUUUGAAGAAUUCCGCAGGGCGGGUGGGACAGGGCGGGGGGCCGUGGAGCCCCUCUCAGGGCUUGACAGUCUUCACCCGCAGAAGGGCCUUUUCAUCUUCAAGGCCCUUUUGCUGCGGGGACUGGAGAGGCCAGUGGUCCGCCUGACUCAUGAAGAAAGGCGCAGCUACCGGUACAUAGCUCUCCACGCCAUUGACACUGCGAACACCCCAUGGACGGGCCCCAGCAAGACUGGCCCAGAAGGGGCCUCCCGGGGCCCCCUCAGCGAAGAAUACCUGCAGCAGCUGGCAAUGGCCGGAGUCCGGCUAGUGCCGCCGUACCCAGACCCGGAGAGGGGCCCCCUGGGCAAUUGCUGGCUGCUGCGGGGGCUGCGGAUCCGCCAGGGCUGCAGGUGGCUCACCAGGGCUGACCCAGGUGCUGCUGCAGGCCGCAGCGCAGCACCCCAGGAACAGCAAACAGCUUAUGUGCCGCAGUGCGCCCGCCUCUGCCCCUGGACUGAGCCAGUUUUCCUGCAACUGACGUGGCUAGCCCCAGCCUUCUUCCAACUAGAGGUGGCCGCGGGCCACUUCGAACUGAAGGCGCGGCUGCUGCAACAAACGGAGCUGAGAAGCCCCCAGGGGCCCCUGCGGCUAGGCGCGUAA